AUGGGGGGGGGUGUCUCCGCACACCGAGCUUUCGGAGCCCGUUUCAGACGUGGAGUUAGCGGGCCGGAAGCCUGGCGGGUCCGGUCAGAGGCCACGCCCCCGCCCGGUCCCCGGGGUCGGCCCGGCCCGCGGGACCCGGGACUUGGAGGGGCGUCGGCAGGCCCGGGGGUGUCUGUGCCCCCUGCCCCGCGGGGUGUCCCCUUCCAUCCGACGCGGGCGCCCCUGACCCCGGCCCCCUCCCCAGGCGCCGCCCCCUGCGCCCGCGGCAGCUCCUGGAGCGCCGACCUGGACAAGUGCAUGGACUGCGCCUCGUGCCCGGCGCGGCCGCACAGCGACUUCUGCCCGGGCUGCGCAGCCGCACCUCCCGCUCCCUUCGGGUUGCUUUGGCCCAUCCUGGGGGGCGCCCUCAGCCUGGCGCUGGUGCUGGCCCUGCUUUCGGGCUUCCUGGUCUGGAGACGGUGCCGCAGGAGAGAGAAGUUUACCACCCCCAUCGAGGAGACCGGUGGAGAGGGCUGUCCCGGUGUGGCACUGAUCCAGUGACCCAGCUACCGGCGCGGUGCCCACUCGUCAUUCAUUCAUUUUGGAGCUGGCCUUGGCCACCCAGACACAGCCUGAGCCAGGCUCUUCCAACCACAGGGGGUGGGGUGGGGGUGAUGAAUCACCUCCCAGGCCUGAGCCAGGGCUCCGAGGAGCCUUUCUGGGGUGUCUGAUUGCCCUGUCUGGCUCCUAGACAGAGAAGGAGCCUCAUGCUGCCUCAUACAAAGAACCUGCAGUACUUGCACACGGGGGUCUCCUUCCCCCACUGCCCGGCUCACUCCAAGGGCAGACACUACUAGGCACUCAAUGGACUGAAAUUCCACCACCGCGGCUCAGCCCCGGCGUGGGGGGUUAGGAGCCUGUUCUUAACUAGGGGCUGGCCCUCCAUGAGGGCAGGUCCUCAUGUAAACCCUCCCCCAUCCCCCAGGGGGGAGGAGAUAUUUAUUUUGGGGGAGAAACUUUGGA